GAGGGAGCACGAGCGGAUGGGUGCUGUGCAAUCCGUAAACAGGGGAGCUCUGAGCAUUUGUUAGACGUCUUGGCUGCUUGCCCAACUUGGCUCAUUGUAAUCAAGGCAUGAUCGUCGACUCCAGGCAGCACUCUCUGCCGUCCCGGCUGCCUCUCGCCUGGACCCUGCCCAGCUCUCAGCGCUGACAUGGAAAGACCUGCCCCCAGUGACAUGAUGCCCAAGAGGGAUCAUGAGAGGGACCUGGAGCUGGACAGGAAAAUCGAGGCUCUCCGCAGGAAGAAUGAGGCGCUCAUGAAGAGGCACAAGGAAGUUGAAGAGGACAGGAAAAGGGCAGAAGAGGAAGGAAUUAUGCUGCAGAGCCGAAAGGGCAAAGCUGAGGAUCUUACCAUCACAAUCAGCAAGACCACCAAUCAGGAUAGUCGGGUUGUGGUGAAGAAGCCAUUCAGCGGUGGAUCACCAGCAGGUAAAGGACAGGAGGAGGCCGGGCCCAACAUGGGAGAAGAAGGCCCUCCGCAGGGUCCCAGCCGGGGCCACAGGAAGCAGCUAAUGGUCACCAUGGCUGGCAAAAAGGGUAAGAGGGUGGUGAGUGAGAGGCCAGAGAAGAGGCCAGGCUCUGCGGACGUAAAGAGCCCUGCAGAUGACGGACAGACGAGGCGUGUGGAGUCGUCGGGGAGGGUGAAGCAUCCACCUCACAUGACCAAAAGGGACACGGCAGCACAGGAUGAAGUUAAACAAGGGCAGAAGCACGCUGAGGAGCAUCAAAGGCUUUCAGAGCAAUGCCAGGAGUCUGAGAGCCUGCAGGCCAGCACAGACCUUAACAUCCCCACGUCGAAGGAGGAGCAGGAGGGGUAUGCGCGAUGGAAGAGAGAGCGUGAGCAGAUCGACAAGGAGCGAGUGGCACGCCACAAAAACUCCAAGGGCCAGUGGAGACGGGCGUGGGACCUGGACAAGACUGACUACAUGUUUUCAGACAAAUCCAUCCCUGACUGGGGGCCUUCCAGCAGAGGUGGACGAAAUGCUAGAGGGAGAGGACAGUCCAGGGCAGGUCACGAGAAGCGGGGGAAAGACAAGGGAGCUAAAAACGUGCAAGUGAUAAGCAGCAAAGCAAAAGGCAUAGAGCGUCUGACAGGAAGAGCGAGGAGAUGGCAGGCAAAUGAAGACGGAGACAUCCUCCAGUCUGCUGACACAACGUUAGAGGAAUUCUUGGAGGAACUUGACGCCCUCACAGACGCUGAUGUAGAGGAUCAGAAAGAUGUGGACUUGAAAAUGAAACCGUCACAGAGCCCAGAUUCACUGAGAACAUCUGAGGAAGUGAGUGGAUCCACCACUGCAGUCACAGAGGACACCCCCCCAGAUGACAUGGCAGAUACGUCGUCCCCUCAGGGUUCGGAAAAGAAAGUACGCUUCUCAAAGGAACUCAUCCAGGGGUCUCACUCAAAUCAAACCACAGGCUCUCAGGACUCUGCCUGCUCAGAAUCAAGAGGUGCAAGCUCCUUGAAAGAUUCCUCACCUAAAAAACAACAACAUCAAGUGCAGGGGCCACAGCUGCCUCUUGAAAGUGCAAAGCAGGACGUGGAUCAGGAAGGUGUCUCGUCAGCUCCUCCUAUUGCCCAGCAGCAGGCUUCUGAAAUCAAAUGUGGUGAAAAAGACAGUGGCCCCAGUACAGCUCCCAGCUCCAUCUCCACCGAAAAAGACAGUGCCUCUCGACAGGAGACCUCUGUUCAAUCUAUAGAGCUUGCCAAGUGCAACAUCAGCAACACAAACACAGAAGAACUAAUAGACUCCGGCCUGUCUGUCCUGAGUCUGGAGUCGGGAGAAACACACCCAACACACUCCACCAGCAGCGACAAGGCAAGAGAGCAUGGGAAGAUUGUUUGACAUUUUCGGGAUGUAAAUACUGAAACCAAGUCACAGCAACACAGACUUUGCCACCUUGCAUUUGCAUUUUGCUUCAGGUAGCUCAUUUGAGAUGCCCUGAUUAUGGCUUACACAGAGCACCAUGGUUUAAUUCUGCUAUGGUUUUCAAAUCGUCUCAAAUUUGGAUGAAGGAAUGUUCAACAUUUUCCUGCUCAAAUAUUUUUUACAUCCAAGCACUAUGAGUAUUACAAGCAUGUGUACUGACAAAAUAUUCAGCAUGUCAGUACGCUGCCUUAGUGCAAUAUCAUUGAAUGUUUACAUUUGUAUGAAAAUGUCAAGGUACAUAUCAGGAGGUAAGCUAAUCAGUAACACUUAGAUAUAGCUCUUGAAUAAAAACUUCAGCCACAGUCUAAUUAUCUAGUGCCUGAUUCUGCCUUAGAGGUUUUUUUCAAUAAGUAAAUUAAAGUCUGUGUUAUAUAAUGAUACAGUAGUGACUGACAUACAGUAGAGCCUGUAUUUCUACCCACAGAUAGUGUUUAUUUACUACUUCCUGCAUCAGUCUAUGGCCUUUCACCAAUCAAAAAUCAAAUCCUUGUUAAAUGGCACAUUUGAGACUUUUUGGCCAUAGGCUUAGGUUUCUCAAAUAUAACUCCAUUUUGUUGUUCUUAAGAGUUUUAAGGGGUACUUAAUCAAGGACACAUCAAGCUCUGUUUACGCUUCUUGGUGAGCGUUACUCAUCUUGUAAAAUGUAAACAUUUUCUGUGGCUCUAGAGGAAGUUUAUCAAAUUGGAUAAAACAAGCAUAAUUGAAGUCUCAAACGUGCCCUUUAACACAUAGUUUUACAGCUGAAUCCCAAUCAUCUGGUCUUCCUCAGACUCUUAUGUUUCUUCUUAACAUGGAAUUGUAAUUGUCUGUAAAAUUACUUAUUUAAACAACGGACUGCAGGAUAAUGAAAGUGAACCUUUUGUGAAUCAAAAACUAAUUUGGGAACUAGAACAUUAUGUUAUUUGAAUAGCUUGCUCCUGCUGUUUUAAAACAAGCAGUGUUAAGCGACCCAGUGCAUAACAGCCUCCAGCCUUUUUCUCUGUAGAGGCUUUUGGCCCCUGUGGGACCCACAGACUUUCAGCCUUUAGUCCACAGUCAAAACACUGGGAUUCAGCUGCAAUUCCCUUUUGGCAUUGUUUUGUAUUGUGAGCUCUUGUAUAAUCAUAAAAGACAACUUAUAUUUUUGAAAAGCUGAUGAAGCUUCAAGAAUUUAGCCAUUUGUUGUGCCUUGCAUAUUGGCUUCUUCAAAUAUUGAAGGUGUACCUUAAUUGUGUGUACCAUAACAUGCAGUAGUGUUAAACACUGUACUAAACAUCAGCAUUGAUUUUAUUUAUUUGCCUUUCCAUUUGGACAAAAGAAUGUUAACUAGAAUGAUUUUACACAGCUAAAUAUGUUGUGAAACAAUGUCUACUCUAUGUACAUUUCAGUAGCUGUUUUUUCCCUUUGUGACAUGUAUGGAUUUGUUUUAUUUAUUGCCAUUCUUAGAUUUAUUUUUGGUUUCAAGUGACAACUAUAGUAAGAGGCCUCACAAGAACUCUGUCCUCAAAUAAGUUGUUGGUUUCCGCCAGGCAAUAAUACAAAAACAGUUAUGUAACCGUAAGUAGUGAACAUAGUGGCUUACUCCGUGGGGCCCUGUCAGCUUCAGCUGUAGUUACAUACAAUAUAAAUCAUCAGAAAUCUAGCACACUGGAAAAACUAAGAAACAAUUCAGAAAUUCUAGACAUCAAGAAAGAAUGUGUGCUGUUUUUGAGUUGUGGCCUUAUUCUAUAUUAUAUAUGGAAUUUGAAUGGAGGGUAAAGGAAACAUUUGUUUGCAAAACAGAUAAUACAGAUUACCUCUGAAAUAUUUAAACUUCCCUGUGGGAUUCAAUUGAGUGAAAUGAAAUGUAGAACCUACAGCCAUAGAGCAGCUGUGCAUUUGUGCUUGAUUAGCAUUUAGUUAUUAUACAUCUGCACUGUCACCUCCACUGCUGUCCUCCAUGUUUUCCCAUACUCUCAUAAGGAAGGAAAAUGUGUGAGUGCCUGUGUAUAAGUGUGUAUGUGAUUACUACUUAUUUAAAUAUGUGUGCAACAUAGCUUAAUUUACCCUAAAUCCAUUUGGAAGGAGGCAUACAGAUCAUGAAUAAAGCUUUUCUGUUUUUCAAACUCUCAAA